UCUUUUGUGCUCUUUGUCUCUGAGCAGCAGGUAAUAUUCAGGAACAAGAACUGGACAAAAUACCGGUGAUCGCAAAGAGUUUGGUGAUAAUAAAGAGAUCAGAUUUCUGGAUCUGUGUCAGUAACGAUGGAGGAGUAUAACUCUGGAGAUGAGGUGGUCUUCAAUGCUGAUGAGGCCAGUGUCUUAGUGAAAGAGUGUAUUGAAGGUGUGAUUGGUGGUACAGAUUACAACCAGAGUAAAGUGAACCAGUGGACGGCCAGUGUCGUGGAGCAUUCUCUGGCUCAUCUGGUGAAACAAGGACGGCCGCUUAAAUACAUAGUAAACUGUACCAUCAUGCAGAAGAGCGGCGCUGGUCUCCACACAGCCAACUCCUGCUACUGGGACACUGCCACUGAUGGAAGCUGCACAGUCAGGUGGGAGAACCGCACCAUGUACUGUGUGGUCAGUGUGUUCGCCGUGGCGCUGUGACAGCUGCAUCCAUCCGUCCUAACGCCGUCAAGUCUGUGCUUUUAAAGGCACCAUGAGCAGUGAAGAAGCUGUGAAGAUGAGAACCUCUGGCAGAUGUUAAUGUUCAGGCUUAUGUCUCCCCACAGGCAUGAAAAACACCACUUCAGAGUAAGAGUUGUGGUUUGUGAGUCUACAGCCUCGAUACAAAAAUGUUGUUUGAGGGGACCGGAGAAGAAGCCUGGUGGAGUAAUCGACUUGUGUUGUGUUGAGUCUGGAAAAGUGAACAGUAAAUAUUGUGAUCCAUCAUUGUUUUAUCAUAAGCUGAUACAAGACCCUGUAAUCUGUCCUAGAACUUGAUUAGUUUUUGUCCUUUGUCUCCUUUAUUAUAUUCCCAAAUUAUACUGACUGAACUGUAGGUGAAAGUUACUUAUUAAAGAGCAGUUUUAUCAGAUACCUGACUACUUAUGUAAAGUGUUUCUACUAGUCUGCAUUAUUUAUCUUGGUCUGUAGCUGUGCACAGAUGAGUGUGUUCUUCCAGGACAGAGUAGUUUUAAAACUUUUUCUAGACUUUGCCUGAAAAACCCAGGAAUUGUGUUAGACUGAGUUCACUGAAGCAAUUUUUAAAUCUGUCUAAAUAUGGACCCAUGUUACUAAAUUGAUACAACAGUUCUGUCAAUAGCGUUUGUUAAGCAGAUAUACACACUGUUUACUUGUCCGAUCAGGGGAAAGAAAUGUUAUGGCUAACCUGCAGUUUGUCCUCUAGAGGUCAGCACAGAACCAUGUGGAGUGGCUGCCUCUGGGUUACAAAUCAAAUAGUGCAGACAACUUUAACAUAUAAAUAUAAAUUUAUUGUGAUUUCAUCUUUUAAAUGCUUUUUAUUGAGUUAUGUAUGAUAAUGCUUUGUGUGCCAUAGGUUCUUCAUAUUUUUUUUUUGGCUUCAACAGUUGCUUGUCUUAUUUGUACAGACAUUAGGAGCAUUCGUGAUUCCCAGUUUUCAUCCUUCCACAGAUCCAUUGCAAAAAGGAGUUUAGUGCAAAAACACUGUGACAUUCUCUCUCACGCAAUUACACAUAAAAGGUUGAAAAUAAGCAAAAAGUACUUGUCAUAAUUCCAGACAUUUUUCAGUUAGAUAUAAUCGGUAUUUGUGCACCUCAUGUAAACAUCCUAACUAAUGAGACGUACUGACGCAACAAGAAUUAGAAAGAUGCGAAUACAUCAAAAUAAAAGCAUUUCACAUCACGACAGCUGUUGCUGCUCAGCGGCUGAAGCAAAGCCACUUCAAUCCCUUUUUUGUAAACAUGCAAAAACGCUGGGAGAUGUGCGUGCUUUACAGUAACGUGUCUGGUGAUGGAACAGGCUCUUCAGCAGUGCAGAGGUCCACAUCUUCUAAUCAAGCACAAAUACAUCACAGAAGCAGCGCAUGAUCACAAUAAAGCUCUUGUCAAGGGGUUUAAAAAAAAAAAAAA